CUUCUAUUGCAGGCAUACAGGCAUUCGCGUCCCAAGCUUCAUUUCCUCAUAAAACUGGUAUCCCUCUUGUUUUUUUUUGGUCUCUUUGAAUGGACAACAAAUAACGCCAGCCCAAACUUUUGAUUCUCCUAGUUGUAAUUUUCCUUUGGUGUCAUCUCCUCAUAACGUUGAGCAUCAGAGCCCAGCUCUUCUUCCAAUUAGCGGGAGGAAAGAAGUCCCCCACACGCAACUGCAAAACGGAAAUGCUGAAAGGGUUGCGCAAAAACAACGAGGCGGGCAAACUGAUCCGCCCGACCGGGGAAUUCAAGUGUCUGGAAUGGUCGGACACGAACUUCAACCCAGCAGGCGGAAAAGGCCCCCCUCAUCGCGACGAACCCUCUGCUCUCGACGUCGCAAGCCAAGAUGAGACGACGGGGAUCUUCAUUGCUACAAGUCACUGA